CAGCCCAGACAGCCGGCGGCAACGGGAGCGCUGUUUCUCGGUGUGUCUUUCUACGAUUAUUCGCUGCCGGGUAUUCAUAAUUAAUAGUCGGCUUGGGCUGUAAAAUAGUGAAAACACAACCCUGACCCCUGCACAGAGAUAUGAGCGGCAGCGGGCGGCCCAGGACCAGCUCGUUUGCUGAGCCGCCAGGUGUUCCAGGAACCGCCGCUGCGUCCACCGGAUCAGCCGCUGCCGUGGGGAGCAGCACAGGAAAGUCCGGGGUCCCGCAGGCCUCCGGCAGCAGCUCGUCGGGAUGCUCGAACCUUAAGCUUUCCAGAGACAGCGGGAAGGUGACGACAGUCGUGGCCACACCAGGUCAGGGACCGGACCGCCCGCAGGAAGUCUCUUACACCGACAUCAAGGUGAUUGGCAAUGGGUCGUUUGGUGUCGUCUACCAAGCUCGCCUCAUUGACAGCCAAGAGAUGGUGGCCAUCAAGAAGGUUCUGCAGGAUAAGAGGUUCAAGAAUCGGGAACUACAGAUCAUGAGGAAGCUGGACCACUGCAACAUUGUCAGACUACGUUACUUCUUCUACUCCAGUGGAGAGAAGAAAGAUGAAGUGUAUCUCAACCUGGUGCUGGACUUUGUCCCUGAGACGGUCUACAGGGUUGCCAGGCAUUUUAACAAGGCCAAGAGCAUCAUUCCUAUCAUAUAUGUGAAGGUGUACAUGUACCAGUUGUUUCGCAGUCUGGCUUAUAUCCAUUCCCAGGGUGUGUGUCACAGAGACAUCAAGCCCCAAAACCUGCUUGUCGACCCAGAAACUGCCAUCCUCAAGCUGUGUGACUUUGGCAGCGCCAAGCAGCUGGUCCGUGGUGAACCCAACGUAUCGUAUAUCUGCUCACGGUAUUAUCGUGCCCCUGAGCUCAUUUUUGGUGCCACAGACUACACGGCAAACAUCGACAUCUGGUCAGCAGGCUGCGUACUGGCUGAGCUGCUGCUCGGACAGCCCAUAUUCCCUGGAGACAGUGGGGUGGACCAGCUCGUAGAGAUUAUCAAGGUACUCGGAACACCAACAAGGGAACAAAUCCGAGAGAUGAACCCAAACUACACAGAAUUCAAGUUUCCUCAGAUCAAAGCUCAUCCAUGGACCAAGGUGUUUAAACCUCGCACCCCUCCAGAGGCCAUCGCUCUCUGCUCCCGGCUGCUGGAGUACACGCCGGCCUCGCGGUUCUCCCCACUAGAGGCCUGUUCUCAUGCCUUCUUCGACGAGCUGCGCCAGCCCAACACACGACUGCCCAGCGGCCGGGAGCUGCCGAUGCUCUUCAACUUCAGCACCACAGAGCUGUCCAUCCAGCCCCAGCUGAACUCAACCCUCAUUCCUCCUCACGCUCGCUCUCAUACAGCUGCUUCCGCCCACGAUGGUACCGGUUCAGAUUCAUCUCAACACAGUUCAGUACCAGGAUCUCUGAACAGCAUCUGAAGCAGCUCCUCACCUGCCUGCCUGCCAGCCUCACCCUAAUCUCAGACGCACGCACGCACACACACACACACACCCACACACACUACACGCAAACACACACACACGCACACUCUUACUGCUUUCCUCCAUGCUGCUUGCUCUCCUCUUAGAUGAUCUGUUUUUGUACAGUAAAUGCAUUGAACAAACUAAACAUUAGUUCUUUAGCUGCCAGGGUUGAAACUACGGCAGGUGAUUGUUGAAACACACACACACACACACACGCACACACACACGCACACACACAGAGUCGUCUCGCUGCUGCUCGGGUGGUCAGUGAAGGUUCAAUAGUGGGGGCUGGUCCUCUGUAAUAUAACUUUUUUUUUUUUUUUUUUUAAAUCAACACUUUUUUUCUUUAUAUUUGUGUUUAUUUAUUUGACUAAUUGAAAGCAUCAUGUGGUCAUGAAAGUAGAGUUUUUUUUCUCCACUUCUUCAGAUUAUUUUUUUAUAUUCUUCAGUGUUUUUUGAACUGUACACUGCCUGACUGAGAUCAGAACUGGCCCCAAAUAGGUCCAUCAGGGUAAAGAUGUUUUAUUCAACUCAGGGCGGGAGAGCGGACGCAGGGACUGACAAAUUCCUAAAUCCUCCAGCCUCAUUAUUUUACCAAUCCAGCCUGAUGUUUUGGUUCUAAUAAAACCUCCACAUCUUGUUAAUUUACCCGCUUGGAUGGCAGGUAGAGCAGAAAACCUCAUCAGUAGCAGGUAGCAGUUAUCAGUGUUCGGUUGGAGGUGUUGAGGCUCGAUCGCCCUUCACCUGGAUCAUGUUUAGUGGACCGGAAAUAACCAGAACGACUCUUCCAGUCGCCACGUCUUGCAUUCGUCUGUUUGUUUCCUCUUCUAAAGAGUUUUGUCUUCUGCUGAAAGGGUGAAAUAUUCCUCUGAGCCUCUUUCACACACAGUUUACGAUAAAUUAGUGGGAUAACAGAUCGCCACACACUUCUAGUGGGUCGUAAGUGAUACUUGAGGGGAUGAUUUUAAUUAGUCUAUACUUUUUUUUUUUUUUUUUUUAGGAAAAUCCACCAUAGUAUACCCAGUGUUUGUUCCUUAAAAAGUAAAUUAAUCUAAAAAUAAGGCAUUAAUUGGUGUUAAAAUGUCAUAAAUCAACUUUCAAAACGAAUAAUUCUAAAACAUGAGCAGUAUUUUAUGAAUCUUUUUUUCUGAAGUUGCAUUGUAAAAUCCAAACAUAUUUGGCAUCGUAUAAAGCUAGAAUUAACACUUUUUUAAAAAGGAAAAUCCCGCACAGUAUACUCAAGGUUGCUGCAGAAUCCUUGAAUUAAUUAAUCUAAAAAUAAGGCCGUAAUUCAUAUCAAGAUGUCUUAAUUUAAUCUUUCAAAAAUCCUGAAGUGGUCAAAAAAACACGGGCAGUAGGGUUUUAUGAAUGAAUAUUUCUGACGUUGCAUUGUAAAAUCUGGAAAUAAUUGACCUCUUACCAAAGCAUUCAGGGUUUCUGAACGCCCAUAAAUAGUAUUUAAAGGCAUUGAAUUCAUUAAUCUGGAAAAAAAAGGGGUUGGUUGGUAUUAAAAUGUCUUAAAUCAAUCUUUGAGAAAUCAAAAAAAAAUUCUAAAACAUGGGCAGUAGGGUUUUAUGUAUCGCUUUUUUCUGACGUUGCAUUGUAAAAUCUCUCAUUAAGCUGCAAUUAACAUAUUUAAAAAUGUAAUUCAUUAGAAAUUGGCUUUUUUUAUCAAAGAUUUUGUGGCAUGGUUGACAAACACUGUUCCACCCUGUAUCUGCUACGAGACAAAAAAGUCAUGUUUCAAUAAACAUUUGGGCAAAAUUAUCUCGAGCCCAAAGUAACUGAUGUCGAUUCACGUUUGUCUUCCAUUUGGCUAUUGAAAAUUUGGUCUCAAAUUUCACUCAGAAUGGCAUAAAAAAAGUCCACAACAUCCACACAGGAAUAUUCCUCAACUCCCACUCUUGUUCAUCACCUCAAAAAUUAGUUCAGAGCUGUAAAAUGAAGAAAAAAAAAAAUAUGAUGUUCAGCAAAAGCAGUUGUGCAUUACUGUUUAUUCUCCGUCCUGCCAACUAGUUAAUGGUUUCGUUUACUUGACUAAAACCAGCAGCUCUGGAUAAAACUGUCUUAAUAAUUGCAGCAGUAGAAAACAAAUUCUAAAGCUUAAUUUUUUUUUAUAAAUUAGAGACUGUAUCACAGAUAUAAAUUGACUCCAGAAGUUAUUUCUUGAAGAGAAUAAUCACAUUUCUGCCCCUUUUAACACCCGGGGGGAAAAGAAACCUGACGGCCUUCACUGGGUUCACUAGAAAGUGUCUUUAAAGGCGUUUAAAGGUGUUUCCAUUAAUAUUGGCUGGAUUUUUUUUUUUUUUUUUACAAUUAAUUCACAAAAAAAUCAUUUUGUUCUUCAUUUGGAGCUUUCAAAACAUAAAAAAAGUAAUUGUGGUCAUCAUGUGGUUAAUGAUAAGAAGUAAAAACAUUUAGGCGACUUGCUGCUUUUAAGAAAAAAAAGUUAAUUAUAAAUUUUAAAGCUUUGAAAACUAUUUAAAUGUGGUAAAUAUAGUUGCUUAAUGGCUUCCCUUUACAAUUCCCUCUAAUAAUGUAUUAGUACAGAGAACAAAAAGAUGUUUUUUUGAUUAUUUUUCCAUUCCACAAUAUUAAAAUGUCUCCCUAAAAAAACGAAACAUAGUAAACACAAAUGCUAUCAAAUCAAAAAGUCACUUUUGGUAAAUUCCCCUUUAGCUCAAAGAUAAUUCGUGUUAGUUUAGAGGGAAAAAAAAGAAAGGCUUUUGUACUUUAAGAGCUGAGUGAAUGUUGGUCCUCUUGAUUAAAUGCAGCAGAGAAAAUAAAGAAUGCCAGGAUGGAGGAUUUAAUGUUUUAUUAAACUCGAUGAGGGAGGGAUACUUCAUGUAAAUGUAUUUAUUUAUUUGUUUUUUGUUUUUCGAGAGUUGGAUGUCAGUUAAUUUCAGCCGGCGCAGGUGGCAAACUGUAUUUUUAUCAGUGGAAAGUUCUCUGUCGAAACUAAAAUAACUGUGGCGGAUAAAAGGAUGUUUACACAGGCGAAAAAGAAAAGAUGAAUGGAAAGCUUAAUGUGAAUAGUAGUUGAACUUAAAUUUGAAGCAGGGGAGUUCCUGUUAGGUGACUGUGUGUUUGUGUGCUCCUUGUGCUUCUGUCUUUGUGAGGACCGAUUCGAGUUACAAGAGUGAGAAAAGAGAGACGUUGAGGUUAGAUUUGGAUUUUGGGUUUUUUGAAGUGUGGUUGUAUGAGGUAAUUUUCCAUAGUCCAGGAGUUGGCAACAAAAUUAUACAAAAUGAAACAGUUAUUUCUUCACAUAUUAAUGUCAAUUUGUCAUUGGUGUUGGCCCAAAGUAAUAUGUACUCUUCAGUUGUAAAAAUGUGUCACUUAUAUGUACAGUCAUGGAAAAAAAUUAUUAGACCACCCUUGUUCUCUUUAGUUUCUUGUUCAUUUUAAAGUCUGGUACAACUAAAGGUACAUUUGUUUGGACAAAUAUAAUGAUAACAACAAAAAUAGUUUUAAAAAGAGUUUAAUUUAAGAGCUAAUAUCUAGACAUUUACAUGGUUUUCUUGAUGAUAGCCAAAAUCAUCAUCAAGAAAACCAUGGAAAAUUGCUCAUAAGAGUUUAAUUUGUUAUCAUUACAUUUGUCCAAACAAAUACCUUUAGCUGCACCAGGCAUUAAAAUGAACAUGAAAAAGAAGAAAAAGGGUGGUCUAAUAAUUUUUUCCAUGACUGUAGAUCACUUCCCAAUCAGAAAGAGCAAAGUGAAGCAGUGAAAAUAUUCUCAGAGCUACACUUAAACUAAUAGUCUGGUAGAUUUGAAGGGAGCAAAGAGCUUCAGUUCCUCAUUGGAAAAGGCUGUCCAAACACAAGGAAAAGUGGUGAAAAAAUUCUAAAUAUAGUGCACACUAAUGUUUUUUAAGUGGUUAAAAGACAUUUUAUCAG